CGAGACAUAAGAUAUCAUUGAUGUUGAAAAAAACAUGGCUUUUAAGGUUGGGGCAAUCCUUCUUGUCCUCGUCUUCGGUGCAAUUCUUUUAGGAGGCAAUCUGAAUUUUGUUGAUGCAAAAGUUUGCCCACUAAUUUGCUAUGAUUCAGCUGGAUACAUGACUUGUCCUUCUUCAGGUGACCAACACCUCAGUCCACCGUGCAACUGUUGCCUUGCAUCAACUGGCUGUAAAAUUUACAAAGCUGAUGGAACUCUUAUUUGUACUGCUAGCUAGAUGAUACAACCAUGCAUGUGAUGUGAAUGUGUCGAUGAUCUUUCUCAAUUUCAAUAAGUUGUAAUAUGAUAUAUAUAUAUAUAUAUACAACAACUAAGCUUAACUCAUGCUUUUAAGUUUUAAUAUUUCA